UUGUUGUUGUAUUUGUAGAGUGACCGAAGAUAUUUGGUGUGUGUUUCGCAGCAAAGCGAAAAGAAUUUAAUUUUCUCAAAAGUUUUUCCAUAUUUUCAACAAAAUUGACGUUAAGCAAACUAUAAAAUGAGCUACGCUGCUGAUGUCUUAAAUUCCGCUCAUCUGGAACUACAUGGAGGCGGCGAUGCCGAACUACGACGGCCUUUUGACCCCACCGCUCAUGAUCUGGAUGCCUCAUUCCGUUUGACACGGUUUGCCGAUCUGAAAGGACGCGGCUGCAAGGUCCCACAGGAGGUUCUCACCAAACUGGUGUCAGCCCUUCAGCAGGAUUAUUCGGCCCAGGAUCAGGAAACGCAGUUUAUGAAUGUAGCUAUUCCCAGAAUCGGUAUUGGUUUGGACUGUUCGGUGAUACCACUGCGCCAUGGCGGUCUGUGCCUUGUCCAGACCACGGAUUUCUUCUAUCCAAUUGUUGAUGAUCCCUACAUGAUGGGUAAGAUUGCCUGUGCGAAUGUCCUAAGCGAUUUGUAUGCCAUGGGCGUAACUGAUUGCGAUAAUAUGCUCAUGUUGCUGGCCGUCAGCACAAAGAUGACGGAAAAGGAGCGGGAUGUGGUGAUUCCCUUGAUCAUGCGCGGCUUUAAGGACUCUGCUUUGGAUGCCGGCACCACUGUAACUGGUGGCCAGAGUGUUGUGAAUCCAUGGUGUACAAUUGGCGGGGUAGCCUCUACCAUUUGCCAACCAAAUGAGUACAUUGUUCCUGACAAUGCUGUUGUUGGAGAUGUCCUGGUCUUGACCAAGCCCCUUGGCACGCAGGUGGCCGUCAAUGCCCAUCAAUGGAUCGAUCAACCCGAACGCUGGAAUCGCAUCAAACUGGUUGUGUCUGAAGAGGAUGUCCGCAAAGCCUAUCACCGGGCAAUGAACUCCAUGUCGCGUCUCAAUCGCACGGCUGCUCGCCUUAUGCACAAGUACAAUGCCCACGGGGCCACCGAUAUAACCGGCUUUGGCCUUCUGGGUCAUGCCCAGACAUUGGCUAACCAUCAAAAGAAGGAUGUUUCCUUUGUCAUCCAUAAUCUUCCAGUGAUUGCCAAGAUGGCGGCUGUGGCCAAGGCCUGUGGCAAUAUGUUCCAGUUACUGCAGGGUCACUCUGCCGAAACCUCCGGUGGGCUGCUCAUCUGCUUGCCACGUGAACAGGCUGCUGCCUAUUGCAAGGACAUCGAGAAACAGGAGGGCUACCAGGCCUGGAUCAUUGGCAUUGUUGAGAAGGGCAACAAGACCGCUCGCAUCAUUGACAAGCCACGAGUCAUUGAGGUCCCCGCUAAGGAUUAAUGUUCCAUCAGGUUGAUGAAUCGACAGAGGCCGCUGAGGAGUAACUUCUUAAGUAACUGUAAUUUUAAAGUAACAUCCCCAACACCAAUGAUUUGUGUCAACUUGGUUCUUUGUUUUUUUUUUUAUAAUCUUGCUUUCGUGAUCAAGAAAGAAUCUUACCUUUAAUGAAUAUCGCUUAAACUGCAAUAUGAUUGAAUAAAAAUUUUCACAACAAAAA